GGCGCGUUCGUGCUUUCAGUCUCAAAGAUUACCUCAUUCCGAGUUCGUUCCUUCUAAUUCCGAACAACAUCACCACCACCACCUCAAAUCUCUCACACACACACACACCUGACUCAUACUCACCCACUACAUGCCCGCCCGUCCCCCUCAACCCUUCAUACCCCGCAACGUCAGCUUAACAAACCUCUACACUCUCUACCGUCUCCGCAAAAUGUCCGCGGCCCCAUCCCCCUCUCGACCCAUAAAGAUCCUCUUCCUUCACGGCUUCACACAAUCCGGCCCCCUCUUCAGCGCAAAAUGCGGCGCCCUGCGAAAAACGCUUCAAAAAUCCUUCCCAGCAGGAAUCACACUCUCGUUCCCGACUGCGCCGCUGCGGUUAUCGCCUACGGACGUGAGCUUCUUACACGGGGAGGAGAAGAAAGAUGGUAAUGGUGGGGAGGAAGAUGAGGUUGAUGCGUGGGCGUGGUGGCGCCGGAAGGGGGAUAGCGAGCCGUACACUUAUGCUGGGUUGGAAGAAGGGCUGGGGCGGAUAGCGCAAGUACUGAAGGAGGAGGGCCCGUUUGAUGGGGUCGUUGGGUUUUCACAGGGCGGUGCUGCGGCGGCUAUGGUUGCUUCGCUGCUCGAGCCCGGACGGAGAGAAGCGUUUGAGAAACUGCAGAAAGAGGGCGGGAUGCGGUAUCCCGAGUCUUUUGAGGCGGAUACGGGGUAUGUAGAGGGCUGUGUGCAUCCGCCGCUGAAGUUUGCGGUUAGUUAUUCGGGGUUUGCGGCGAGGGGGCAGAAUCCGUAUCAUGCGUUUUAUGAGCCAAAGAUUAAGACACCGGUGUUGCAUUUUCUGGGGAGUUUGGAUACGGUGGUGGAAGAGAGUAGGAGUCUUGCAUUGGUGGAGGCGUGCGAGCAGAGUGAGGGCAGGGUCGUGUAUCAUCCUGGUGGUCACUUUCUGCCGAGUACGCAGAAGGCGAGUGUGAAUGCGUUGAUUGGGUUCAUCAAGGCGGUGCUGCAUGAGGCUGAAGGGCCGAAGAACGAGGAGGAGAGCGUGCAGGACAUGGAUGUGCCAUUCUGAUCGGAGCCUGUGGAAGAUGAUCCAGUACUACACAGCGCGGCGUUCACUCAUAGAUGGUCAAGACAUAGACUAUUAUCUGCUUAGAUGUCUAUAUUACAUGCGCAAUGCAUGCGCGAAGGCGACUAUAGACGGCCUUCCAAUUCUAGACUAACCAUGAUUC